AACAAGACUAGCUCUGCUACUGCAAUCCGACUACAAGCAGCAAGUGCAUCCAGAUUUAGCUAAUAGCUAGCCUCUUUAGGCGCCGUUUCACUCUGUUCACCCCUUUCUGGGGGGCUUCGUCGGUCUUUGGCUUGCUAGCUAGUUCAAGGCUGGCUUCACUGACCAAACAUGCAGAAAUAUGAAAAGCUUGAAAAAAUUGGAGAGGGUACAUACGGGACUGUUUUCAAAGCUAAAAACAGAGAAACCCACGAAAUUGUGGCUUUAAAAAGGGUCAGAUUGGACGACGACGACGAGGGGGUGCCAAGCUCUGCUUUAAGGGAAAUCUGUCUUCUGAAGGAACUAAAGCAUAAAAACAUUGUCAGAUUACACGAUGUGUUGCACAGUGACAAGAAGUUAACACUGGUUUUUGAAUAUUGUGAUCAGGAUUUGAAGAAAUAUUUUGACAGCUGUAAUGGGGAUCUAGAUCCUGAAACUGUGAAGUCGUUCAUGUACCAGCUGUUGAAAGGCCUCGCUUUCUGUCAUAGUCGAAAUGUUCUGCAUAGAGAUCUGAAACCGCAAAAUCUGCUCAUCAACAGGAAUGGGGAAUUGAAGCUUGCUGACUUUGGGUUGGCUCGAGCUUUUGGCAUUCCUGUGAGGUGUUACUCUGCAGAGGUUGUGACUUUGUGGUACCGACCUCCAGAUGUGUUGUUUGGUGCUAAACUUUAUUCUACCUCUAUUGACAUGUGGUCGGCCGGAUGCAUAUUUGCAGAGCUGGCUAAUGCUGGACGGCCGUUAUUCCCUGGCAACGACGUGGAUGACCAGUUGAAAAGAAUCUUCAGAUUGUUGGGUACGCCGACUGAGGAACAGUGGCCAACAAUGACAAAACUUCCUGAUUAUAAGCCAUAUCCCAUGUAUCCAGCCACCACCUCCCUUGUGAAUGUGGUUCCUAAACUAAGUAGCACAGGAAGGGAUCUACUGCAGAACCUGUUGAAGUGUAAUCCCGUUCAGAGGAUUUCAGCGGAAGAGGCCUUGCAGCACCCCUACUUCGCCGACUUCUGCCCGCCCUAAAAUGCUAAAUUGCCUGUCACUGAGCCACAGCCGCAAGAAUCAAUCAUCCUUCACUCUGUUUGGUCAUUAGGAGCGAUUCCCAACAAGGCAAAUCCCUCGCUGGGAUUCAGACACUCCCAUGCAGUUCAUUCUGUCGUGCCUCUGUGUGGAACAAAGCCCCCAGUGGCUCCAGUCAGCUUUAGGGUCUUUUAAGUUGAAAGCCUGUUUUAAUUUGGCUCAACCGCGCCUCCAAGUUAAUUAGCACCAAUGAGGGUGGGUGUAACAUUCAGUACGUUUUGCAGUCAUGGGUUGUGUUUUCUUUGCCUAUUAGCUUUGAACAGUUAAAGCAAAAAACGACAACAAAAAAAAACAACUAUUUUAGGUCCUUUUUUUUUUAUAGUGUUCCCUCAUAAUCUAACCGUCUAAUUUGGUGAAUCAACUUCAGAUGCCUGCGAAUCAAAGUGCUUGUACUUAGUGCAUCAGUCACUUGCACGCCUUUGUUUAGAUGUAGUUUCUAUUUUAUUUUUCAGUAGUUUUGCCACUUUUCUUCUACUGUUACAAGUCUUGACACCCGUAGACGGACAAUUGUUUAUAAUCCCAUACCUGAUAUUUAUAUCUGCAGGUUUGAAAAAAAACAAA